UACUUUUAUGGGUUUGUCUUGAAAAGUGAAAAAGUUUGUUCAAACGAAAAAAACACACCCUAAUAUAAUCAAUGAAUAUUUUGAGAAACUGAGUUGUCUAUAUAUAUGUAUUGUUGAAUUGGUGUCAUGCGUUAAUCUUGCUUAACAUAGGCAUAGUUUGAUUGUGACUUUUCACAUAUUGUACACAGGAUGAAGGUGAAUAUUAGAAACUGGGUUUCAUUGGUGGCCUCAGUGUGGAUGAGUUUUUCAAUGAGUGUGUUGGAGGGUGUACCUGUGCUACAUGAUCAUGGUGAGAAUGCAACAGAAAAGAAAUGGGCCCUUCUUGUAGCAGGUUCAUAUGGCUAUCAGAAUUAUAGGCACCAAGCUGAUGUUUGCCAUGCAUACCAAUUACUAAAGAAUGGUGGUCUUAAAGAUGAAAAUAUCAUUGUUUUCAUGUAUGAUGACAUUGCCUUCAAUCCCCAAAACCCAAGACCUGGCACUAUAAUCAACAAACCAAAUGGUCCAAAUGUCUACAAAGGAAUUCCCAAGGAUUACACUGGAAAUGAUACGACUACAGAAAACUUUUACGCUGUGAUUAGUGGUAAUAAAAGUGCAAUCUCAGGAGGUAGUGGCAAGGUUGUGAACAGUGGUCCUAAUGACACCAUUUUCAUUUAUUUUGUUGACCAUGGCUCUAACGGUAUCCUCAGCAUGCCAGUCGGGGAAUAUAUCACGGCCAACGAUUUUGUGAAUGUGUUGAAGAAGAAACAUGACGCUAAAUCCUACAAAAAGAUGGUGAUAUACUUGGAAGCAUGUGAAUCUGGGAGCAUGUUUGAUGGGAUUCUUCCAAAUGACAUAAACAUAUAUGCGACCACAGCUUCGAACGCAAGUGAGGAUAGUUAUGCAUAUUACUGUCCUCAUCACUACCCCUUUCCACCACCAGAGUACACUACUUGUUUGGGAGAUGUCUACAGCAAUGCAUGGUUAGAAGACAGUGACGACAAUGAUAUGACGAAAGAAACUCUACAGCAACAAUAUGAAACCGUUCGCCGAAGAACAUUAGUUGGUAAUAUUAACGCCUCUUCUCAUGUGACGCAAUAUGGAGAUACAAAAUUCAGCAACGAUUUUCUAGCUACCUUCAUUGGUGCACACCCGGCAAGUCCUAAUGGCAACUCGACCAGCUCUGGAAAUGCAUCAUCCUUUGAACCAUCUACUACUCAAACUAAACUUGUCAAACAACGAGAUGCCCCUUUACUCCAUCUUUGGCUCGAGUUGCAAAAGGCCCCGAAUGGUUCUAAGGAGAAGUUGGAAGCUCAAAAAGAGUUGGAUGAUGAAAUUGCACAUAGGAAGCAUGUAGAUAGUGUUUUCCAUCUCAUAGGGGAUCUCUUGUUUGGGGAAGAGAAUAAUAGCUCCACCAUGUUGCUCCAUGUUCGUCCACCAGGCCAGCCUCUUGUCGAUGAUUGGGAUUGUUUCAAGACCCUUAUAAAAACUUACGAGAGCCAUUGCGGUAAAUUGUCAAUCUAUGGAAGGAAAUACACAAGAGCUUUUGCUAACAUGUGCAAUGCUGGCAUUUCUGAGGAGCAAAUGGUAGUAGCCUCUUCACAAGCUUGUCCCAAGGAAAAUCAUGCUUCUUAAAUUAAUUCGUCAAGUUGAUGAUGCAAUAACCAAUAUCUUGAUGAUAAAACUGUGCUUUCAUUCUACAAAAUGGAUUAUAAUCCUUUGUAUAAGUUAAUGAUCACUAAUAGUUAGUAGGCUUUGCAACCUUAAUUAUAGUAAGUCAUGUAAUGUGCUCAAAUAUAAAAUAAUAGA